GGUGUCCGAAGCACGGUCGAGAGUGCUGUCAGGGUUUUUCGGCUGUUUGUAGGCUGAGGAGCUGCUGCUGAAUGUGCUGCUUCGUUUUCAGCCCCGUGGAUUUCGUGGUCUGCUUUAGAUCCUCCCGCGGCCGCGCUGGGCACGGCUCUGCUUCGGCAGAGAAGACGGGGAAGGUGCUGGGGGAGUUCUGCCAGUGCUACAAGGAGCAGUAUGGCGUAGCGCUCUUCAACAGCGUCCGCUAUGAGAUUGAAGGCAAUGGAGGGCCGCAGGCCCAGCUGCUCCACCGCAAGGUCCCGCUGGAGGACCAUGUCAUCUACUCAGGCAACCUCUUCCAGUACAUCGAGGAGAACAAGAAGUGGAGGAACCGCUUCUGCGUGGUCCCGCACAACUAUGGCUUGGUCCUCUAUGAGAACAAACUGGCCUAUGAGCGGGACCUGCCACCCCGCCUGCAGGUCAACAGCGCUGGCUACAAGAUCCUCACCUCCGUGGACCAGUACCUGGAGCUGGUGAACAGCAGCCUGCCUGGUGUGACACCGAAAUCGGGUCACUCCCCCAUCCUGAAGUGCCCCACGGAUUUCCCCCUCAUCCUCUGGCACCCCUACUCCCGGCACUAUUACUUCUGCGUGAUGACAGGCAAGGAGCAGGAGAAGUGGCGGGCGGUUUUCCAGGACUGCGUUCGGCACUGCAACAAUGGGAUCUCGGAGGACUCCAAAGUGGAGGCUCCAGCCUUCACGGACGCUGUCCGCAUGUACCGCCAGGCGAAGGAGCAGUACGGCACCUGGGACAUGCUGUGUGGCAACGAGACCCAGGUCCUGAGCAACCUGGUGAUGGAGGAGCUGCUCCCCGAGCUGAGGACCACCAUCGGCCCCCGGCUGAAGGGCAAGGCUCAGGAGCGCCAGCGGACCUGGAUCCAGAUCUCAGAUGCCGUCUAUAGGAUGGUCUAUGAGCAGACCAAGGCCCAGUACGAUGCAGUGAUGGCCAAGUGCGAACAGGAGCGGCCCCAGAUGGAGAGCACCAUCCGCACGGACAUGGACCAGAUCAUUACCUCCAAGGAGCACUUGGCCAGCAAGAUCCGAGCGUUCGUCCUCCCCAAAGCGGAGAUCUGCGUCCGUAACCACGUCCAGCCCUACAUCUCCUCCAUCCUGGAGGCCCUGAUGACCCCCACGAGCCAGGGCUUUGCUGAGGUGCGAGAGGUGUUCUUCAAGGAGGUGACAGACAUGAACAUGAACAUUGUCAACGAAGGUGGCCUGGAGAAGCUGGUGGAGUACAUGGAGAAGCUUUCCCACCUGGCCUUCCACCCCGUCAAGAUGCAGUCAUGCUAUGAGAAGAUGGACCAGCUGAAAUUGGAGGGGCUUCAGCAGCGAUUCGAUGUCUCCAGCACAUCUGUCUUCAAACAGAGGGCCCAGAUCCACAUGAGACAGCAAAUGGAUGAUGCCGUGUACACGUUUGAGACGCUUCUCCAUCAGGAGCUGGGGAAGCUGCAGGGCAAAGACGACUUGUGCAAGUCCAUCCAGCGCAUCCUCGAGAGGGUGCUCAAGAAAUAUGACUAUGACAGCAGCACCGUGCGGAAGAAGUUCUUCAGGGAGGCCCUGCUGCAGAUCACCAUCCCCUUCCUGCUGAAAAAGCUGGCACCGACCUGCAAGGGGGAAUUAGCCAAAUUUCAGGAGCUGAUCUUCGAGGAUUUUGCCAGCUUCAUCCUGGUGGAGAACACUUACGAGGAGGUCGUGCUACAGUCGGUGAUGAAAGACAUCAUGCAAGCUGUGAAGGAGGCAGCCGUGCAGCGGAAGCACAACCUGUACCGUGACAGCAUGGUCAUGCACAACAGUGAUCCCAACCUGCACCUCCUGGGCGAGGGCAUCCCCAUCGACUGGGGCGAGGAGUACAGUGGGCAGCCCGAGGCUGAGCCAGAGGCUGACAAGCGCCGCAGGGCCAAGCAAGUGGUGUCAGUGAUCCAAGACGAUGAGGGGGUCCUGCCCUACGAGGUGGGUGCUGAGUCGUUGCUGCAGCCUGGCUCCCCGGAGCCGCGGGAGCCAGAGGAGCCGGACCCUGGGGUGCUGCCGAGCUCCUCGGAUGGGGUGGAGGAGAUCCGGAGGAUGCUGGUGAAGGAGAGCCUCGGGGAUGGCGUCAAGGCAGAGGAGCGGCUGACGAACGGUACCAAUGCCACACGAGAGCGCGGUGCCACUGAGGAGGUGGUGGCAGUGUCUGUCCCGGGUGAUGGGCCCCGCCAAGGUCCAGCCAGUGAGGGGAACGGGGUGCACGGCACCACUGCAGCAUCACCUGUGCCUGCAGCAGAGGUCCCCUCAGGGCCUGGUGUGACAUGUGCUGCACCAGCAUCCCCCAUGCUAGCAUCACCUGUGCCUGGAGGCGACGUCCCAUCAGGGGCCAGCAUGCACCAAGCCACACCAGCGUCCCCCAAACCAAGAGCUGAUGUUCCAUCAGAGGCCAAGGUGCCCUGUGCCACCCCAGCAUCACCUGCACCCAGAGCCGAGACCCUGUCACCAUCCGCCGGGACACCUUGCCAUCAGCCCAGUGACAAGGAGACAGGCGAGGAGGUGGCCCCCGCGUGCAGUGAGUGUAGCCCCCCACAGCCCAUGGGCACGACAGAGAGCGGUGAGGGGGUGCAGACUGAGUUCUAGCCCCGGGCCCCCCCCCACCAUGGACUGGCCCUGGUGACACCGGGGGUUGGGGUAGGGGGAAUAGGACCCGCUGUGCUGCCAGGGAUGGAGAGCAGCGCUGCGGGAGAGGGAGGGGAUGGGAAACACCGAGACCUUAUUGCCUAGCCGGGGGGGUCCCCAUUGCUGCACGGGGCUGGCCACAGCCAAGUGGUCCUACUGGGUCGGACUGGGGGAGGCCCCUGGUCCGGCAUGGGGCACCCCCUGGGCUCUGCUCUGUCCUUCUUCUGCCUUACUUUCUUCUUUUUUACUGAAGAGAUGCUUUAUCUGCCCCCCAGCACAAGUGCCUGGGGCUGCCGGGGGGAGCCGGCACUAGCCCCGCUGUGGCUGGGUGUGCGGGAUGCUCCCUGCUGCUCUGGGGGCCGUUACCUGCCCCAGCCCGGGGAGUUUCCUGGGAGCCUGCCCACCACCAUCCCACCCAGCUGGCUCUGGGAGUGCCAGUGGGAGCGGGGCCACGGGGGAUGAUGGAAAACAUGAGAGUGGCUGGGGGGCAUGGCAGGGGUACAGCAAUGCUGGGUGGCUUGAACCACUGCCGAUGGGGCGAGAGCUGGGGCAGGCAUGGGCUCAUGGGUCCCGGGCCGGGCUCACAGCACCCGCCUCUGGUCACCCUCACCUGGGGUGUUCUAGCAGCUAUUUAAGGUCAGAGUAAAAACUUAGCAGGGAGAAUGGCACUCACACAAUGUCUCCAGCAUUGCCUGGCAGGACUGGGCUGCCUCUGGGCUCAGGCUCACCGUGCAGCGGGGUGACCCCAGCUCCUGCCCCCCCCGGAGCUCCCCAGCACCAUGCACAGAUGAUUUCUCCAGCUCUUCGGGCUUUGCGCCCGCUGUGAUGGUCAAGCAAAGAACUAGUGCUUUAGCAGCAGUUUGCUGGCACCCCAGCAGCCCUGCCUGCCAUGGGGAGGGGGACGGGACUGGUGCAGCCCUGACACAGAGAUGCUAAAAGCCCCCGAGCUAGUGGGGGGUUGGCAGGACUUCUGAGCAUGAGACGUGUGUGUGUGCAGAGCAGGGACCAGCACCCCGACACUUGCCUGUAUUUUAGGUGCCGCUGUUUCUGCCUCUUAAGGGGGGUGCCCAGCCUAACCCACUUGGGAGGCCCCCCAAAGUGCCUUGCUUUGGGAACUUAAAACCUGUCUCUUCCAGGAUAUUUUAUUAAGAAAGUUAUACAAAU